AUGCAACCCUCAACCACAUUGCGUGCUGUACAUAAACCCCUCAUUAGGUUUAUAGGCCCCAGAGCACUACUCUGGAAAGACUGCCUUGAACUAACACAUUGUCGCUUUGUUAUAGAUGCUCCUCAUCAUUCAGGACCUCAUCCUUUAACGCCUACCAAUCUUGAAAAACAUGUUGCUAAAGCCGAACCUGUCAAGCCACCAACACCUGCUGCUUCAAGCAGAGCCAAUACCUCUUCUAUUGAGUACACUCAGUUGGCAGCCAAAUAUCGUCGUGCACCUAUUUCAGAAACAGAAAUGGAGGCUAUAGAGAGUGGAGGUGCUACUUAUAUUAUUUAG